AGGAGGGGAAUUAUAAAGUAGGCAGUAGCUUUUCCUGCCAGAGAAGUUGCGGAGCCCUGCAGCUGGAGGAGCCUCUGCCACACCCGAGUGGGUCCUUCUCCUCCCUCCAAAAUCGAGGGAAAGGCAGCAGUGUCCCGCUUGAAACCCAAAGAAUCCCCUCCAAGAAGCCUGGAUGACCUCCUUGAUCGACAGGACUUAAAGCCCGAUUGCUGAGAUGUUCUCAGAAGCCCUUUUAGCUGUUCUGCUCUCCGCAACUCUAAUUCCCCUACAUGCUCAAAAUGAUGAUGAUGUGAUUCUCGGGGCAUCUUCCUGUGCAGAUAAAACCGACUGUCCCGUCCGAGUGUACUUUGUGAUUGACACGUCUGAGAGUAUCGCCCUGCAGACUGUGCCCAUCCAGAGUCUGGUGGACCACAUCAAGCGCUUUGUUCCAGAAUUCAUCACUAGGCUGGAAAAUGAAUUAUACCAGAACCAGGUGUCCAUCACUUGGCAAUUUGCGGGACUUCAUUUUUCAGAUGUGGUGAUUUUCUACAGCGAUUUCACCAACAGCAAGGAAAUAUACCUCGAUAAAUUGAACAACAUUCAGUAUAUCGGGCGAGGCACUUUCACAGACUGUGCUCUCUCCAACAUGACUGCGCAGAUACUUGCCAAUACAUCCCCAGGCAUUACUAACUAUGCAGUUGUAAUCACCGAUGGCCACGUCACGGGGAGCCCAUGUGGGGGGAUGAAGCACCAAGCUGAACGUGCCCGGGAGGCAGGGAUCAAGCUCUUCGCUGUAGCCCCCAGCCAGAACAUAUAUGAACAGGGGCUCCGUGAAAUUGCCAGCUCCCCCCAUGAACUUUACCGCAACAACUAUGCCACCACAAAGAAACACACCAUCGAAGUAGAUACUGAAACCAUUGAUAGGAUCAUCCAAGUUAUGAAACAUGAAGCCUACGGAGAGUGCUACAAAAUGAGCUGCUUGGAAAUCGAAGGCCCAGCUGGCCCUAAAGGUUUUCGGGGACAAAAGGGUGCAAAGGGUAACAUGGGAGCUCCAGGAUCUCCUGGACUUAAAGGACGCCAGGGUGACCCAGGAAUUGAAGGCCCAAUUGGAUACCCUGGUCCCAAGGGUAUCCGUGGACUAAAAGGAGAAAAGGGAGAGUAUGGCGGAGAUGGACGAAAGGGAUCUGGUGGCUUUUCAGGAAGGAACGGCACUGAUGGACAAAAGGGCAGACUGGGACGUAUUGGACCUCCUGGCUGCAAAGGAGACCCAGGCGACAGGGGUCUUGAUGGUUAUCCUGGAAGUGCUGGAGAUCAAGGGCCACCUGGAGAUGAAGGGAUAAAGGGUGAUGCUGGACGACCUGGUCGCAAUGGACAACCUGGACCACCUGGAGAAAGAGGAAAUAGGGGACCCAAAGGCAUGAACGGAGCAUUUGGCAGUCCUGGUAUCAAAGGGGGCAAAGGAGGCCCUGGAUCUCCUGGACCUAAAGGAGAACCUGGUCGACGGGGUGAUCCUGGAGCAAAAGGACCUCCUGGAACUGCUGGACCAAAUGGAGAGAGAGGAGACCCUGGUACUGAGGGUCAAAGAGGGCUACCUGGUGAAGUUGGAAACAAAGGAGGAAGGGGAGACCGCGGAUUGCAUGGUCCACGAGGUCCUCAAGGUGGUGUGGGAGAACCAGGCAAGACGGGCUCACGAGGAGAUCCCGGGGAUGCAGGUGUAAGGGGUGACACAGGCCUUCCAGGACCAAAGGGUGACAGAGGACGACCUGGUUUCAACUAUCCCGGCCCCAGAGGACUCCCGGGUGAGAAAGGUGAGAAGGGGCUUCCAGGACCAGAGGGAGCUAGAGGUGACUAUGGACCAAAAGGCCCUCCAGGAACAAAAGGAGAAGUUGGUGAACCUGCUGACCCUGGCCCACCAGGUGAGCCUGGACCCAGAGGACGUCCUGGUGAACCUGGCAGUGAGGGUGGACCUGGCCCUGCUGGAGACCCUGGGCUUACUGACUGUGAUGUGAUGACCUAUGUCAGAGAGACCUGUGGCUGUUGUGACUGUGAGAAACGGUGUGGCCCCUUGGACAUCGUCUUCAUCAUUGAUAGCUCAGAGAGUAUUGGCUACAACAAUUUCUCCCUGGAGAAGAACUUUGUGAUCAAUGUGGUGAGCAGACUUGGCUCCAUUGCCAAGGAUCCGAAAUCUGAGACAGGCGCCCGUGUUGGAGUGGUGCAGUACAGCCACGAAGGAACUUUUGAAGCCAUCCAGCUGAAUGACAAGCGAAUUGACUCCCUCUCCAGCUUCAAAGAGGCUGUGAAGAAGUUAGAAUGGAUUGCAGGAGGCACCUGGACCCUCUCUGCCCUUCAGUUUGCAUACAACACACUCAUCAAGGAAAGCCAGCGGGAGAAAGCGCGAGUGUUUGCUGUGGUGGUAACGGAUGGACGCCAUGAUCCACGAGACAAUGACUCCCACUUGCAGGCUCUCUGUGGUAGAAAUGUCACUGUCACUGCCAUUGGGAUCGGAGACAUGUUCAAUGCAAAAGAGGAAGAUGAGACCCUGAGAUCCAUUGCCUGCAAUGACAAUCAGAGGGUCCAGAAAAUGAAGUUAUUCACGGAGCUGGUGGCUGAAGAGUUCAUUGACAGCAUGGAGCAUGAGCUCUGCCCAGAUCCUCAGAUUGUCUGCCCGGAACUGCCCUGCCAAACAGAUGGGAGGAACCCUGGGGUCGAAAACCCAGUUACUUUCCGCCCUAUGGAAGAGGGAGUCAAGAUAAAUUUCCCCAGCACCAAACCCAUGAUCGCCCAGUUCCUGAAUUCCACGAGACAGGUCCAGGAUCCCAGCAUGUACACCCAGCUGGUAGCCACCUUGGCCUAUACCGCCGAAAAAGCCAAGUUUGCCACCGGACAUGAGCGGCAGGAAUGGAUGGACUUGUUCAUUGAUACUUUUAAAAUGGUGCACAGUGAGAUUGUGGGUGAUCCAGAUACUGUAAUAGGCCUUUGCUGAAUCUGUGCUACUUCUGCCACUAAGAGUAAAAGCGCUUGAUCCUGCCUGCAAAGCAUCAGUGCUAUCCAGAAGAGAUGUAGAAAUUGAACUCCCCUUAGUACUAAAAGAUUGCUAUGAGAGAAGCUUUUAGAAUAGGAGCAGUCUUCUUUAAACAAUGCUAUUGAGGUUUAUAUUCAGUUUUGCUACCAGAUCAGUAUGUUGGCCCUAGUCAAAAAUAAUUUAGUUACUGUGUUUGCAGAGACCAAGUGAAAAGGAUGAGUGACCCAAUGAAGCUACUAGAAAUCCUUCACUCACUAAGUAGUCUAAUAUCAGAUGUGGAUAAGAUUGGGGAAUAUAAAGGACAACUUUUGGAUAGAACCAAAAAGUUGGAAGGGAUUCUGAGGGCUGUCUUCUCCAACUCCCUGUCAAGCAGAAAUACAUAAUUAUCAUGUUCCUAAAAGAUGCCCAAAGCCUCUUUUGCCUUUGGUCUUUCAGGGAGAGGAUAAAAUAAGGUGACAACCAAAAAGCAAUAUACAAAAAUUAUCCCAUAGGAUGACCUACAUUUCAUGGAAAUUUUAGUUAGUGGUCAUGAUGUAGACUAUGAGAUAAUCUCUGCAUUUACACUUGCAAGUAAUGUGGAGUUUAGGAUUGUUCUACACUCAGGAAUGGCUGUUUCUCUGCACAGUUGAAGUUGCCCCCGAAAACAUUGCUAUGUGGUCAGUGAUGGUCCAUUUUUGUCUUGAGUCAAUAGCACAGCCAGCAUGUGCAUAGGCAGAAACUGAACCAGUCUGUAGUCUGAGCCUGCAGAGGACUUCGUGCCACAGUAGCCGGAUGAGGCAUGGCCCCCUGUUCAGACAAUGUGUCUGGCAAUAACAGGAGCUAGUCUUUAUGGGCUGAAAGCAAUGUGUAUGUAAUAUAUGUGUGUUCUUCUAGCAUUAACUGUCCAUAAAAUGAUAUCUGUCCAUGUCUUCCUGUUUACUUGCAAGGGCACUCCUAGAUCAUCAAGGGAACUUGAGUUCCAUAAAUGUUCUUUUGCUUGAAUUCUGAAGAAGUCUAGAAUAGAAAGUGUUUUGAAGAAGCAUCCAUUGCAUUCCAAAGCAUUGGUUUUAGAACCAUUUCAUCUGUCUGUAGCAUAAAAUUUCUUCCUGUAACCUUCUCCAGUAACCUUCCGUCAGCCCCAGCCAAAAUAGCAAAUGGCCAAGGGGCCUGGGAGCUACAUUCCAAAAUAUUUGAAGUAUACCACCUUAAGAAAUGCUACCCUGCUGCCUUGGGUGCUCCUAAGAGACAAGGUGAACUUCAGCUCUUUAAUCAAUUGGCCUUGACUUCAGCCCCUAGGCAACAUUUCCCAAUGAAACCUAAGGAGUGUCCUUUCCAGAAUUUGUGCUCUGUGUGCUUUGUCUUGUUUUUAUUGUUAUUGUUUUUCUUGUUUUUUCUGUUCUUUUCUAUUUUGUAUAUAUGGAGUCUACCAUUUUGCACACUUUCAUCAUCUAGAUAGUAACUUCCUUAAACCAAGGAGAAAAGUAUUAAUGGAAACUAAUUACCCAGUGACUGCACAAGUAAAUAGGAACACAUUGUUACUGUAAUAUUUAACACACAUUGAAGAUAUAGAUUUGAGUGAGAUUUAACUUUAAUGUUUCCAUCCAGCUUUUGGAAGGUGAUAUAUAAGGUGUGCAUUUGAAGAGCCCACAGUAAAGUCAGACAUAUCAUUGAAGGCCAGUAAGAGAAAUUAAGCUAGCUGUCCACACUCUUCUAUGUACUAGUAUUAUUUUUACCGCUAUAGCAAAACCAGACUUUAAUCCAUCCCCCCGUAUGUGUAAUUUAUGGCAGAGCAAGGCAGAGGUACAAAUAUACAAGCAUAGUUUAACAUCUAGAUUCUGACUUUUCUUGUAACUGAGUAUUUGUCGAUUCAGAGUACCAGGUUCUCUGCCAACAAGCAUUGCUCUUUGUAGCUCCCAAAUUAACCUCCACUGACGGAGCAAAUUGAAAGGUGUUUUCCUUUGCAUGUUAGAACCAUUCAAAGAAGACCAAGCCUUUGGGGACUGUAGUAUUCAACAUGGGCUGCCUAAAUCCAAAGUAAUAAUCAGUUACAUACAUUUGCUGCACCAAACAGAAUGACAUUUUGAGUACAAUUCAACUUUUGUGCAAAUCACUUACCACUGCUCCAUUUCCAGUAAAUAGGGUAUUGCUGUAGAAAUGGAAUUCACACAAAUGUUAAACAAAUGACUCUGCUUCUUUUUUUGCCAUUGCUUCAAGUUACAUGACCAUAUGAACUGUGUAGAUCUUGUGAUUACAGUCUGAUCACAGGCCAUCAUGGAUUCGGUUGGUGUUGCUUCUGGUGCUCUUAUGCUAAGCUGGUUUGCAAGAAGCAAUCAGCUAUCCUUUAAAUAGAGAUGCUAUAGGUGAUGAAGAUUAGAAAGAUAGUUGGAGAUGUGUGAAAAAUUGAAUCAAUUGUGUAUUCCACAGCUUGCAUUAUAUAAACUACAUGGGAGAAGCGGUGCUCUAAUUAAAAUUUGAUGUGAAGAGAUAAA